ACAAUUUUAUUUAAAGUGUGGUAAAAACAUUAUACAAAAAACUUUACAGCAAUUUCCGCUUUCUGAGUUAUUUUUUUUUUUAUUUUCCCAUCUAACUUCAAAAUUUCCAAGAGUUCCGAUUAGUAAACAGACGCGAAAGUUUUGAAGACUGGAAAAUACGCUGUUACAAAUGGAUGAUAAAUUUAGAAAGGAGAAUUUAUUGAGGCUGCUUCGCUUUAGGGAGACCAACACCGAGGGAGGAAAGAGUUUAAGUCGAAGCAGUCAGUUUACUGAAGCACUAAUCAGACGAUUGGGGCUCGAAUAUGAACUUCAAGGACACCAGGGUUGCGUAAACUGCUUGCAGUGGAGUCAUGAUGGAAAGCAUUUAGCUUCAGGAUCAGAUGAUACAAAUGUCAUUUUAUGGGAUCCAUUUAAACACAAGCAACUCCAGGUUAUUCCAACAACCCAUAUUGGCAACAUAUUUUCAGUUAAGUUUUUAGGGAGUGUCAGUAAUUUAAUUGCCACAGCAGCAGGGGAUUGCAGGGUUUUAGUGCAAUCUAUAGAGACUGUAGAAAUACUGGAUUGUGUUUGUCAUGUGAAUAGAGUUAAACGUUUGGCCACAUCACCUGAAGAGCCCAAUCUAUUUUGGUCUGCAGGAGAAGAUGGGCUUGUAAUGCAGUUUGAUUUGAGAGAGCAGCAUGAGUGCUCUUGGAAACCAAAGCCAUUGAUUGAUCUGUCAUCGGGGCAACUUGAAGUUAAAUGCGUAGCUAUUAAUCCUACUAAACCAUAUUGCCUAGCAGUAGGAGUUAAUGAUUGUUAUAUUAGAAUGUAUGACCGUAGGAUGAUUAAAAGUUCUGUAGUUCAUCAGACCAUUGAAUCAGGAUCUGGAAGUCGAAGUGAACAUAUUUUGGAUAAAAAUUGUGUGCAAUAUUACGCCCCUGGCCAUCUGGCCAUUGAAUAUUCGAAUGUUGUAAGUUACCGAUUGGCAGCUACAUAUAUUUCUUUUAAUGCAGCGGGCUCUGAAAUGCUGGUGAAUAUGGGUGGUGAACAAAUUUAUUUAUUCAAUGUUAACAAUCCAAGGCACAUCAAUGAAAUGAGAAUACCUCAAGUUAUUGGGGGUAAGAGAAGGUUCCUUGGCAAGUAUAGAUGUAAAUGCCCGGAAGGCAAUGGUUUCCUUAGCCACAACAAUGUGCAUAAAAGUGAACGAUUGUCAGAAAAUUGUGCUUGUUACUAUAUGAGAAGAGCAUACAAAUGCUUCAGAAGGAGAUGGGUGGGAGAUGUUUACAGUGCUGCCAGGGAUUACUUGCGGGUGAUAACAAAUUGGCCUGACCAAUACCAAGCCUAUGUAGGUCUGAUAAAAUGCUUAAUUUCAAUGAAAUGGGCGGAGGAUGCUCAGCAGUGGAUGGAUUACUUUCUAACAAUCAAUCCCGAUUCUGUUAGUAGCAAUCAGGUCAAAAAAUUACAGGAUUCAUUAAACCGUUUAAAGACUUGCAGUAAGAAAAAGGAUGAUGAUCCCAAUUUGGACAAAGAGGAAGUUAAAAGACGACUAGAUUCUAGAGAUUAUGAAUUAAGAUUUUUAGGACAUUGUAACACCACGACAGAUAUAAAAGAAGCAAAUUUUUUGGGUGAAGAUGGGAAUUAUAUAUGUGCUGGCUCUGAUGAAGGAAUUAUACUUAUUUGGGAAAGAAAAAAAUCUAAUAUAGUGUCAGCCCUGUUUGGUGAUUUUUCCAUAGUCAACUGCAUUCAGCCUCACCCUACGGCAUGCCUGAUCGCAUCUAGUGGAAUUGAUCCAGUUGUGAAAUUAUGGUCACCCAUGCCUGAGAAUGGUACAAUCAACCCGAGAAUUGUCAAAGAUAUAAAUUCAGUGGUGGAAACGAACCAGCGUAGAAUGGCGAUGGACCCAUUUGAAUCGAUGCUGGUGAAUAUGGGUUAUAGGAUCCAUCACGGCGCUGGUUCAGAGACCGAAGAAAGCAGCAAUUUUCAAGAGAUGCCAAAUUGUCGCACUUGCUAACGAUUGAUUGGCAGAUCUAGAUAUUUGAAUUUUAUUGUAAUUACUCCGUUUUGUCAGUUGUAAAUAGGGAUUUCUUUAUGGUUGGUUUCCUUUGUUCCUUACUGUGAUAUGGAGUUAGCCCACACCCACCGCAGCUUAACAAUCAAUCAGCUUUGCAGCUCUUUAUGAAUUUCUUUGUUCUCCCUAUUGAAAUUAUGUAUCCAUCUUGGGAUAGGAUUUGCAAAAUAUCAAUCAAAUAUAAAAAGGCUAAUACCCAAUGAAAGUCCAAUGCAAUAAUGCAAGAAACAAAUAAUUUCAAGCAUAGCUCAUCUAAAAAUGGGCUUUGGCGGCUAUUGUGAAAUUCUCGAAAAUUGUAUCCUAAAAUGGCGGUAUCCCCAAGAAGAUCGGCACAAUACAUUUUUGUACCUAGAUAGCUGAUUGCUUGGAAAGAUGCGACACUACGUCAAAAAAAAGUCUAGGGAACAAGAAUAAUAAAUAAUAAUAAAUUGCCAGUUUUUUUUGUUCAAUAGGUACAAUAAACUCGUGAAAUUGCCAACCACUUUGCACUUCUCUUCAUUUUU